CCACAAAAUGGCCCCUCCCUACUGAGAGCCAGGAGGAGGAGGAGGAGGAGGAGGAGAGACUCACAAACAAACCAAACCAAGCGAACCGCCGUGCUGCGGAGUGUGUCGUGAAGUCCUCCAGGGAGAGACCAGGCUCAUUAGGGACGGAGGACACUUUACAGGCUCACUAUGUUCUCCUCAGUCACGCCCUUCGAGGGCCAGCAGUAUGCCGCCCUGAGGAAACAAUGCCAGCAGAAUGGGAGUUUGUUUGAAGACCCGCUCUUCCCCGCCGAGGACCGUUCACUCUUCUUCCAAGGCAACCGCAUCGGCAAAGUCACAUGGAAGAGGCCCAAGGAACUCUGUGCUGACCCACAUCUGUUUGUCAAUGGCAUCAGCGCUCACGACUUACAACAGGGGCAGCUGGGAAACUGCUGGUUUGUAGCAGCUUGUUCCAGUCUUGCUUCCAGAGAGGCCCUGUGGCACAAAGUGAUUCCAGACUGGAAGGACCAGGAAUGGGACAAGGACAAGCCAGAAACAUACGCUGGGAUUUUCCACUUUCGGUUUUGGCGUUUUGGAGAGUGGGUGGAUGUGGUCAUUGAUGAUCGGUUGCCCACCACCAAUGGUCAUCUGAUUUAUUGCCACUCUAAUGACAGCAAUGAGUUCUGGAGUGCACUGGUGGAAAAAGCCUAUGCCAAGAUUUAUGGCUGUUACGAGGCUCUGGAUGGUGGAAACACAGCAGACGCACUGGUGGAUUUUACCGGAGGCGUGUCAGAACCCCUUGACCUGCUGGAGGGCCGCUACAAUCAGGACGAAGAAGCACGAAAUCAGCUGUUUGAGCGUGUCUUCAAAGUCCACAACAGAGGAGGCCUCAUCAGCUGCUCCAUCAGGGCCACCUCUCAGGCCGACAUGGAGGCUCGGCUAGACUGCGGUCUGGUUAAAGGCCACGCGUACGCAGUGACCGACGUACACAAGGUUCGUCUGGGUCACGGCCUGCUCGCCUUCUUCAAGUCCGAGAAGCUCACCAUGAUCCGCAUGAGGAACCCGUGGGGAGAGAAGGAGUGGAACGGGCCUUGGAGUGACAGUUCAGAGGAGUGGCAGAGGGUCAGUAAGAGUGAGCGGGAGAAGCUGGGAGUCACUGUGAGGGACGAUGGUGAAUUCUGGAUGACAUUUGAGGAUUUCACUAAGCACUUCACAGACCUGAUCCUGUGCCGCCUCAUUAACACGUCCUACCUGAGCAUCCAUAAGACCUGGGAAGAGGAUGUGAAGUUCGGCUCCUGGGUUCGCCACGACGAUCCUCUGAGGAACCGCUCUGGAGGCUGCAUUAACAACAAAGCCACAUACCUUCAGAACCCACAGUAUGUAUUUGAUGUGAAGAAGCCAGAGGAUGAAGUCUUAAUCUGCCUCCAGCAGAAAGAUAAAAGAUCCCGACUUAAAGAAGGCAAAGGAGAGAACUUUGCAAUGGGCUUUGACAUUCAAAGGGUGGAGCUGAACAGGAUCUACCGCAUGCACAAGCCGCAGCAGAAGAUGUGCAGCUCUGUCUACAUCAACUCUCGUAGCGUGUUCCUGCGCAAGGACCUGAAAGAAGGUCGUUAUGUUAUCAUCCCAACAACCUUUGACCCUGGACUACAAGGAGAUUUCCUGUUACGGGUUUUCACAGAUGUGCCUUCAGAGUGCAAGGAACUGACCCUGGAUGAGCCACCGCAGACGUGUUGGACAGGUCUAUGUGGUUAUCCACAGCUGGUCACACAGGUGCAUGUGAUGAAGGCUGUGGGACUGGAGGCCCAGGACUCUGACAGAUCAUCUGACCCGUAUGUGAUCAUCAGCUGUGAAGGUGAGAAGGUGCGUUCACCUGUUCACAAGGACACACUGAGUCCUGAAUUUGACGUGAAGGCGAUCUUCUACAGGAAGAAACCCAAAGAGCGGAUACACGUUCAGAUCUACAACAAAAACGUCCUGUCUGAUUCCUUCAUGGGUCAGGUGAUCCUGACCGCAGAUGUUUCAGACCUGCAGAAGGAUCACACACUCCAUCUGCAGAGCAAAGGCAGCCGUCAAACCGGCGACCUCCCGGGCAUGAUCGGUGUCAGCAUCAUCACCAGCAACGUCCUCACCAACAUCUGAUAACAUCCAGGUCAGCGAAAUCCAGAGGAGCAUGAAGAUAAAUUUCAGCGCUGUGUGGAUUUGUCUGUUAUACGUGAAGCUUUGAUAAGGUGGAGAGCACUUUUCUUUUGUCAGUGUAGUUUACAUAUUGCAUACUUUACCAGACUUUUCUAACCACUUUUGUCUGCAGUGGGGCUUUACAUGUUUAAUAGUAAUGGCCUUAAUGAAUUGUGUUUACAUGAUCUCUUGGACCAAACUCAGUGUGAUAUUACAUCGCUAAUUGACAUGCUUUAUGUAAUACUCUGUGCCACAAUUCAUCCAGGGAAAGCAGUUCCUCUGCGAUCCUAUAUAUUCCCUUGAAAGUAUGUGACUCUUUCCAUUGCCAAUUAAUCAUCCAGAGUGUUUUUGUCAACCGUUUAACAGCCAUUAAAUAUUAAGAGCUGGACAGUAAUUAAGCAUGUUUACAUAAUGUUAGAACUCAGGAAACUGCACCAUAGCAGAAGGCCAUAUUUACUUCAUAUAGUCUUCAUAUAGCCCAGGCUUCAGUUUAUAUUCUGUCCCAGACUGAGUCUCUGGAACACACAACCAUCAGUAGUUGCUCAUCUGUGGCUGAUAUUUACAACCAGUGCUCUUAUUAAUAUACUUUAUAGGUGCCUUUCCAUCAUAAGAAAGUUUAUCAGGAAGCUUUUGUGCUUCCACAACUAGCAUUAGUAUUACUAUCAUUAGUAUUGUUUUUAAAUCUCAGAUAUAUAUGUCUGUUCUGAACCUCUACUUUGUCCUUCAUGCCUUUAGCAGCUUACAUCAGUACUAGAAUGUACUAAAGCAUGUUUGGUUUACUUUCUGAGGGUGGGUCAAUGUAGAGUGGAAUUCAGGUAGUGUUGGACCAGUCUAUUUUUAGUCCCUAACUAAGCACGAUUGAAGCGUUCUUACCUGCACAUACAAGUGAAAAAAGCACCAGAGGUCAGUACAUACGGACUAGAAAUUGCAUAUGUGAAUGUACGCUUAGUUUAUUUUUCUGGGGACCAAGAAGCACUGGGACGGAGUUAGUGUUGCUGUUAGUGAAGGUCACUGACUGGACAAUGCAGCCUUACAUGCCAUUUUUAUCACUCUCUUGCUAUGACUAGAGCUUGUUUCAUAUCAGUAGCACAGCAACACCACUGUUUCCAUUACGUUUUUGUUUAUGUAACGGGUGAGGAAGUAUAUGUGUAUUUUCUACAUUAUGAUGGCAAGAAACUGCUUGCGCUGACCAGAAUGUGACCAAAAUGUCCACUUGGUGGCAGUACAUCAUCAGAAAGCUUUAAGGGUACUAAAGUUUGUUUAUCCAUUUCGAUUCUAUAGAGGUCUUUUGUUUACUCUCUUGCCUUUAAGUGAGACUCUUGAUGUUCAGUAUGUCUUUCUAUUUUAUUUUUAUUUUUAAACACAUCUGGAAUAUUUCUCUACCAAACAAGUACAUUCUGUUUUGUUGACACAAACAUUUCAACACAAAUGUGUGAUCAUCUGUUCAGGCUAAAUGAAUGGUACAUUAUACAUUCUAAUGUACCUUGUCCUCACGGCUAAUGGGAAAGAGAAGGUGUGCAUGCUAUUAAAUUCCUACCAAAGACGUGCAAUGAAGUGCCAUUUAGUAUUUUUUUUUUCGGUCACUUGUGCCUUUAGUACUCACAUAACAUUGCACAAAAAAACAAAGCCUGAGGUGUAACAUGCAUCUUUUACUUCUUUUAUACUUGUGUAUGUGUAUCCAGAGUAUAAUGUUAAAUCUGAAAUAAAUAAAAAUUGAUGGUG